UGCUAGACCGUGCGCACGUAUCCAUGUGAACACCGAAUUCACUCUCUAUGACCUACCGUGUACAAGUGUUAUUGCAAUGUAUUUGUUCAAUCUGAUGUCCGGAAGGGGACGGCUACCAACCAGCUUCCCCUUCCUCAUCUCCCCCGCAAAUCAGGCGGCGACGGCAAUGAGGAUGCCUCCGGCGGCGUCGUUUCUUCUGCUUCUGACGCUGCUGGCGGCGGCGGCUGACGCGAGGAGGCAGAAGGACGGCGAGAAUGCGUGCGACAAGGGGUGGGAGUGCAGCGGCAGCAGCUUCUGCUGCAACGAGACCAUCACCGACUACUUCAAGGCCUACCAGUUCGAGGAGCUCUUCCCCAAGCGCAACGACUCCCUCGCCCACGCCGCCGGCUUCUGGAGCUACCGGGCCUUCAUCACCGCCGCCGCCCUCUUCGAGCCUCGCGGGUUCGGCACCACCGGCGGCAAGGAGAUGGGCAUGAAGGAGGUCGCCGCCUUCCUCGGCCAUGUCGGAGCCAAGACCUCGUGUGGACAUAGUGGCGCCACCAAUGGUUCAUUGGCUUGGGGUCUUUGCUACAAACGUGAAUUGAGCCCAAGCCAGAGCUAUUGUGACGACAGCAACGAAUUGUACCGUUGUGCUGAAGGAGUCGAGUACUAUGGUCGUGGCGCCCUUCCUGUUUACUGGAACUACAACUACGGUAUCGUGGGUAAGGGCAUAAAGCAGGAUCUGUUGAACCACCCAGAGUUAUUGGAACAAAAUGCGACCCUAGCAUUUGAAGCGGCAAUCUGGAGGUGGAUGACUCCAAUGAAGAGAAGGCAGCCAUCAGCGCAUGAUGUCUUUGUUGGCAACUGGAAACCAACCAAGAAAGACACCUUGUCCAAGAGGUAUCCUGGCUUUGGUGCUACCAUGAACAUCUUGUAUGGCGAUCUCAUAUGUGGUAAAGGGACCAUUGACCGUAUGAAUGUCAUUGUAUCCCACUACCAACAUUAUCUUAAUUUGAUGGGAAUUGGGGAUCAGCACUCCGGAGAUAACUUGGAUUGUGCCGACCAAGUGCCAUUCAAUCCCUCAUCAAAAAAUCCAGACUCAUGAGCAAGUUGCAUGUCAGAUCUAUGUAUAUUUCCUUGAAGGCACUUCCAUCUUGCUUCCCAAACUAUAGUAAUCUUGUAUGCGAAUCUAUAAGGUAUAUUAUUUAGUAGCUCUGAGGACUACUAUUGCGUCUCGGAAGUUUGUGAUCUACCUAUGUAAUCUCGUAAUCUUCUCCCACUAUGUGAUUUUCCCCUGCAUAUUACAGAGAAAAAUUACGUUCUAA